AUGUCGAAAUCUAAAGAGCAAUAUGCCCCUCUGAUGGCCCAUGACGACGACGAUUACUCCUCGUCGGCCUCUACAAUUGAAGCUGCUGAUCCAGCUUUACUAAAGUCAAGACCAGUCGCACCAGCUAUCAACAAGAUUCUUGCAGCUACGUGUGUCAUCCUUUUGACUCUCCUCGGCUUCCAAUCUCUAUAUGUCUGGCGCGAACAUGCCAAAUACAAGAAGCUACAAUACUUUGACACAAACUAUCACAAUCUCUCCAUUGCGGGCAUUGUGCACCGCGUCGCCAACGCCAAGUCUGACUUCAACUCACCAAAUGAAACUAUCGCUGCCGCAGCUUGGGAUAGUAUACAAUCCGGUCAUGGCGAUGUAAUCGUCGACCCAGAAUGGGCGGCGAAGCAAGGGCUGCCUCCCAGUUUCGAGCAUCCUUUUAUUCCUGGCAAGAGCGUCUACAUUCUCGAAGCCUACCACAUGAUUCACUGCCUGAAAGUGCUUCGAAAUCAUUACAUGGCCCUUCAUACUCCCACAGCGCAGUCUCCCAAGAAGGAAGCCUGGGAGCUCGAGCACGACGUGCAUUGCUUCGACACACUGCGACAGCAUGUCAUGUGCCACGCUGACUACAACCUGAUGCACUCUGAAGGCCACAACGACGUCGGUGUUCACCAACCUAGAAUGUGUCGUGAUUGGGAUGCUCUUCGGGAUUGGGCGACAGAAAACAGCGCUCACUGGCGAGAUCACAUUAACCCCCGCCCAGAGGGUGAGUUGUGGUGGAACUACGACGACAAGGGUAGCGAUGGUCUGCCGGUCGCCAGCCUUGGGGGAUAAGGCUGCUCGGACAAUUUCCUAACUUGGAAAACAAUGAUUUAACGACAUCUUUACGUUUA